CGACAACGACAUUCCACUUACAGCAACGCAUAUCCAUCUCAGCGAUGACCUAGGACGAUUUCAAGAUACAAUGUCUACAAAGUCGCAUCGCUUCAAGAUGAUGAACGGCGACACGGUCACAGCGCUCUUUGGAGAGGCGACCGUUGAUCAACAAAUCGCAUGUUACACACUUGCGUCAACUGCCUGGGGAUCAUAUUUAGACGAAGAUGAGGUCAUUGCACGAGAGAAAUAUCUGGCAGCGGAAGCUCUGGCUCGCGAUGGUGGCUGUCGCAUAUGGUGCCUGUAUCGCCAGGACGAUCACGACCAAAUACUUUCAACCUGCAGGACGAUACGCAGGAGCUUCCUCUUCAGGGAAGCAGGGAAUACUCGGCAACUAGAAGGGUGCUGCAUCUCUUCAGUUUAUACGGCCUUGCUAUAUCAAGGUCAUGGCCUUGCCUCAUACAUGCUCCACAACGUUGCACAAUGGCUCGACGGUCCAGGCGAGGCUUUCGUAAGUAUGCUUUACAGCGGUAUGCCACGGUUUUACGAAAAUCUGGGGUGGACCACGCUGUCUAACAUCGAGGUCAUUUUAGAUGUUAGCCCAUGGCUUCAAGAUACUUUGGGUCAUUAUGCCGAUCUUAACAUGCAAGCUGUGGGGGAUACAGACAUAGAAGAGUUAUGUGCACGCAGUGUCACAUUAAUCAAAGAGCGCCCCGAUUGCUCAGAACUCGCGGCCGAGGAAGCUACACUAACUGUUCUACCAACGGCAGAUCUGAUAAGAUAUCAACAUGCGCUAAGCAGUUACAUGGGCGACCUCUGGCAUCAGGAAGAUCCAGAAAUUCGUGGUGCUGCGUACAACAACCAAGCAUGGAUCUACUGGUUUCAUGACUUUCGAGGCCGAUGUCUUCGCAUCCAGCACGUUCACAAUGCUAUCCAAACCGGAGAAGAUAGAGUGGAAAUUCUAGCAGCGCUCUUUCUAUGCGCGAUUCGAGAAGCCAAAGAGUGGAAUUUCACCACAAUAGCCACCUGGAACAUGAGUUCCCAUGUCCGGUCUGCACUGGAAACACUAGCUCAGGCGAGUGUCUUCUCGAGGUCUGUCGGUGAGACUUCUAGGACGCAAAGGGUAUCUGUUCGCCUUCGAGGUGGCGAAACGAAGCCUAGCAGCAUAAUGAUGGACAACGGGGUCUACGCCUGGAACUUGCGGUACUGAUCGAGUUCAUCAGCCGGCACAGAGUGUAAGUGUCAGCUCAAGUGACAUCAACAACCAUGACUUGCCCACCAAAUGGAGCUGUACCAGUAACCGGAUGACAAAGUUGUUCCCGAUAAACUCUUCACUUUGAUAUACUGCAUCUGAGGGUUGCCGACGAGCUAUUUUACAGAGUACACCGAUCACAAGGGGAAGUAAAGCAACGGUUGUUGUUUAGCAUCAUUGGAUCAUAUCCUACAAAGAUAAGUGAACGAAUAUCAGAAAGCUUAUCGGAGAUGCUCUGGUGAAGUACGGAGAUGUAGAUGUCCAGGCCAUCCCACUCUUUCCGUCGGAAAGCUUCGGAUGGAAAGGGCCGAUUCACCCGGUAUCGCACUCCAACACCGAGGCCUGUUCUCGAAUAAAACGUGGG